UGGACAGAAAGACAGACUAGUUGAAGAGGGGAUUUCUGAAGUCUCCCCAGAGGAUAUCAGUUUUCUAUCAGAAAAAACAGAGAUGGAAAAGAUCAGGUAAAACCAAUCCCUAUGGUGCUACUGUAAAUAGAUGUAAGGACAUCAGAGAGAAAAUAACUUGAAUUCAACAUUUAUGCUGUUAAUAUUAAUGUAAUUAAUUGUGUUGUUCCAGUCAAUAUCAACAACAAAUGUCAAACAGUUUAUUUGUUUAUCAUAUCAGUUCUCUCUUUUUCAAGGUCCCUAAUUACUAAGCGCUGGUCGUCUGACGUUCGUCUGGACGGGAAAACUGCGAUCGUGACGGGAGCUAACACUGGCAUCGGCAAGGAGACCGCCAUGGACCUGGCCAAGAGAGGUAGACCAUACCAUCUUCAAUUCUCUUCCUCUAUAUUCUAUUGCUUCCCUUCUCUUCCUUACAGUCGAUAUCUGCGCCCCUCGUGGAAAUCAAAUUAGCAUAAUAAAAACAUCCCCAUAAAGAUCUGUCUGUUUAAGCUAGACACAUGGGCUGCGUCUCAAUCCACCACAUCCUCCGAUGUCGGCCUUCUGCAUCUGCGGUGAAAGGUGGCAGUGCUACAGCAGUGUUUGUCAGAUCAUGAGACAUUUCGAAAAUUGGUCUUCUCAUGAAAACGUCUGUAGCAUCCAAACUAUUAUGACCCCUCUAUGGAAAGACGAGACUCUGAGCCCCACAAUCGUCACUGGACUGAAGUCGGUACCGCCGAUCUGCCAACCUCUGUCUGUAGCGUCCGAACAGUUUGGGCUACACACUAAUAUGACCCCUCUAUGGAAAGAUGACUUUAGGGGUAUAUUAUUAAUGAGAGAGGUAGGAACCAGUGGUGGUGCAUUGCAGUGUAUAUGCCGGGAGUUUUACAGGCUACUGAAGUGUCAGAAAUGUGCAAGACAUCAUGGACAGUAUGGUAGUUUGAUACUUUUUGUAAGUGUAAAGAUAAUUGAAUAAAAAAGGGUUUCUCUUUCUCUAGGUGCACGUGUCAUCCUGGCCUGCAGGGACAUGGAGAAUGCGGAGCUAGCGGUCAGUGACAUAGUCAGGGAAAUGGGAGGGGCCAAGGUGGAAGCCAGGAAGCUGGACCUCGCUGACACCAAGUCCAUCUGUGAAUUUGCUGAAAACAUCUACAACAGUGGGUUAAAACACACACAAACAACACCAUAUAAUGUAAAACCUAUUAAAUACCAUACUGUCAGGGUUCCGAUAAAGAGGCGUUCUGACUCUUUUUGUUCCCUAGCGGAGAAGGUGCUUCACUUCCUGAUCAACAAUGCAGGCGUGGCCAUCUGUCCCUACAGCACCACUGUGGAUGGAUACGAGAUGCAGCUUGGAGUCAACCAUCUGGGUACGAGGCAAAACAUCUGGUUUAUUAAAAAGACUGCAAGCAACACUUUUUUCCAUUGCCACAUAAAGAGAAGAUAUUAUCACUGAUUGAUUGCCAUUGAUUGAAACCUAUCCAUAUUAACUACUUCCUGUUUCCCUUUUCCAGGUCACUUCUUUCUGACUUUCCUCCUAUUGGAUCUGCUGAAGCACUCUGCCCCCUCCCGUGUCAUCACUGUGUCUUCAUCAGCCCACACCAUGGGCAGGAUCCACUUUGAGGACCUGAACAGUGAGAAGGAAUACCACCCUGUCAAGGCCUAUGUCCAGAGCAAACUGGCUAAUAUACUGUUCACUAGAGAGCUGGCCAAGAGGACCGCGGGUGGGUAUGGGUGUAUGUGUUUCCAUGCGUGUGUGUUCACCCUGCAGCAUCCUGUAGAGAAUGGAUCUAAGCGUACACCAGUGCGAGUGUCUCAUGUCUUAACCACCAUCACUCUGUGGUUGGAAAUAGAGCAAAGAUGCCCUGAGUACUUGGACAAUGUAUGUGUUUGUGUGUGUGUGUGUGUGUGUGUGUGUGUGUGUGUGUGUGUGUGUGUGCGCGUGUGUGUGUGUAUUAACAGUUCUAGGUGUGACAGCCUAUGCAGUGCACCCGGGGGUAGUGAACACUGAUCUGAUGCGUCACAUAAAGCGCCCCCUACAGGUCAUGCUUAAGAAGUUCAACUACUUCCUCAAGACACCAGCAGAAGGAGCCCAAACCACUCUGUACUGCAUCCUGACCCCUGAUUCUGAACUCACCUCUGGGGGUUACUACAGGUCAGUGACCUUUCACCUCUCAUCCCUGACCCUGAACACUAACCUGUACUGUACUUGAUUACCCCUGAAAGAAGGGUGUAAACUAAAAUAAUUAUUUCUCUCUCUCUCUCUCUCUCUCUCUCUCUCUCUCUCUCUCUCUCUCUCUCUCUCUCUCUCUCUCUCUCUCUCGCUCUCUCUCUCUCUCUCUCUCUCAGUGAGUGUGCACAGGCAGUGAGUGCCAGGGCUGGUAGUGAUGAAGGCACCGCUCUCAAACUCUGGGCUGUUAGCUGUCAUCUACUGGGCAUCUGCUGGAGAUGAACAGACAUACAAUAAUGCUAUCUUUACACCAAAUUGCUUCUUUCUGUCACGCCAAAUACUGCAAAAAUAUUGCUGUCAUAAGUCCUACUAUGUCAAAUGAUAAAUGUGAUGGUACAAUGUGAAGAGGGAGACAGACAGGUGAUGUAUGAUGGGGCUGAUGGUGAGCAUAGGUAGAAGUGGUACAGACAGGUUCUAGAAUAUUGAGAGACUGUUGCUGUCAGUAAACUAUCUGAGACUGGUCAAGGAAAGCUAUAUGUCAUAUAUUCAGUUAAGCUAAAUCAUGUAAUUCUCUUCUGUUUUUACGUCUUUGAUUCCUGAUCUUUCUGGAGAAAGUAAAAUGCUAUCAAAUGUUG